AUGAAGUUCACCGCCACCACCGCCCUUCUCGCCCUCCUUACAACCGCCACCGCCCUCCCCUGGUCCUUCAACAGUGCCGGCAAUGGCAAGCACUCUGAUGAGAUCACCCUCCACCUCACCCUCGACAAAGGAACCACCACCGCCCACCACCGCCCCCCCAAGUCAAAGUCGGAAGAGAUGAAGAUCAUCAUGGGCAUGUCCGAUGUCUGCCUCCGCGUCUGCUGGCCCGAAUCGCCCAAGUGCCCAGAGGAAUGGUCACCCAAGAACAUGGGCAGCGACGAGGAUCCGUGCUGGACUUGCUGCAGGAAGAUGGAGCAUGAUCUUUGAGCACAAGACUUUUCUCAGUGGCAAAGGGGCCGCUGGGUUUUGGGGUAUUUGGUAGCUGUUGAAGGGACAUGUCGGAAGUUGGAUUACAUACACUCCUUUGGUGAAGAUAGCUUACUCUUCCUAGGACUUCAUGUCAACGAAGGUUGAAAGGUUAAUGCCUGGGAUGACAGAUAAUAAAAAGGUGACUAGAAAAUAGAAACACUGUUUCUGCA